GGAUUUUAAGCUCGUCCAUCAAUUGCAUUGGGCGGAUAAACCAAAAGGGUGACGGCGUGUUCGUUCUGUGUACCCUCUUCCCCUCCAUGAUUCAGGAUAAGACUAGAAUGACAUCCUGCCACACCACUGGGAACGCCCCAAGUAGGCACAGGCGUCUUCACCCUCUUUCCGGUUUCAUCGCCAUUCUCUGUUUAUUUCCAACCCCCCUGCCUUUUGUCCGCCCCUUUCUUACCGUCUGGACCGAAGUUCCAGAAGAUUAUUCAGAUCACAACCAAGGAAGAAUGGACGGACGGAGGCCAGGGAAAGCAAGAACGUGGUCAUCUCGGAAUCGUUCCAAUGAUCUCACUGCGUCUCUUUCCUUCCUUCUGCCCCCCCUGGAACUCUGUAUUCUUCCCCUCAGAUUUUCGGGGUUCUCGUCUCAUAAUUGGGGGCUGUGGCUCACCAAUAAUAUUUCGCUCGCUCUUUAUUUACCUUCCUACGUCGUUCUAUUUCCCUCUUCGAAUCUAGGUUUGUAUAUACUCCGUACGGAUGUGUAUCGGAAAUAGCGCUUCAAGGCAACCCCAAUCCCUCAGGGCCAGCAGGACUAAAUAUCCGUCCGCACUGCCGUGGGAGGGGUCUAGUCUUGGUCAUAGGGCCAGGUUUCUUUUGCCGUGGCAUGAGCACACAUGCGUGUUGACUUUUGGAUAUCAAAUCGACAUGUUGUCACUCACAUGGCUGACCGUUCGGGGGUCGUGCAAGGGAUGGACAGCACUAGGAAGGCAUGAUCAAUGUAUCUAUCGUGAGUCCUCACGGAGAGCCUCCUUGAGCGGUUGCAAGCCCCUCGAU